CCAUACUUUUAUUUUGAAAGUUUUGAUUUUCCGGUCCGAGCUCUUGCAGGCGGUUAAAACACCUCAAGAGCACCUGGGUGCAGAUUCCAUGUAGCUGGCUAAUUUACAGAGUGCCAGUGACUCCAGCCCGCGUUUGUUACGGUUAUUCUACAAAAUGUAAGUGUUACAGGUUGAUUUUAUAAAUGAAGGUCGUGGCGUGAUGCAGAACUCAGAGUCAUUCGGAGCUGAAAACUCUCAACAGUCCCUCGUUUUCUUUGACCUGGAAACAACGGGACUGGGUCAGAGUUGUGAGAUCGUGCAACUGGCUGCAGUGAGUGGAGGCCACUCACUCAACCUCUACACUGUCCCUCAGUGUCGAAUGGAGCGAGGAGCUGCCAAAGUGACCGGCUUCAGGGUCCGCAGGCAGAAGCUGUACCUCAAUCGCAAGCUUGUCCUUACAAACUCCCUGCAAGAAGUCCUGGUGUCCUUCAUAGCCUUCCUUCAAAUGCUCUGUCGCCCACUUGUCAUCGGCCACAACAUUCGCCGCUUCGACUGUCCAGUGCUAGCUCGAGCGCUUGACAAACUGAACCUCAGGGCACAGUUUGAGUCAUCAAUCGCAGGCUGUGUUGACACCCUACCACUAUCCAGAGAGAUGCUGAAGGACCGUUGUCUCAAGAGUUUUAGUCAGGAGAAUCUGGUGAGGGAACUGGUUGGUGUGAACUACAAAGCCCAUGAUGCUUUGGAGGAUGUGCGGGCAUUACAGACGCUUUAUAGUGUGCUUCAGCCCACACCUGAUUUGGUCUGUAGACAUACAUUUACUCUGGACACCAUGUAGAACAAUCCAGCUGUGACAGCUGCCUCAGCUAAACCACCAGGACAGCGCCUCCUGUGGGAGCACUUCAGGCAGACUGUGAAGGCCACAGAAAGCAAAGCAGAGGACCGUGAUGGAGAACUUAAUGGUUUACAAAACCUUUAACAUCAGUAGUCUGACAGGGCCUUUAGUUCAUAUACACUACCUUGACUUGCUUUGUCAUCCUGGACAUUUGAAUUGUCACUACCACCAGGUUGGAGACCAUUGCAGCUGUAUUAAGAUUUUUUUGUGGGAAUAUUCAGAUGAAAAUUUGAGUGGUGUUUGCUGCAUAUACAGCCAUUUAUGUCAGUAACAACAGAGCAGCAAACUGUCUGUGUCCAUAAUGAGUAUUUUUUUUAACAAAAGAUUCAGAAGUCUGUUAUUAAACCGGGAGAAUGUAGAUAAUGGUGGGUGGAUUUUCAGAUGCAUUUCUCUUAUUUCACGUUCAGCCCAUAAGCUUUCAGUAGGUACUGAUGUCUACUGUAAAGUUACCUUACAUAGUUAGUGUACUUCCGUUCUGAAUGUGUCAUGUUUUAUCAAGAAGUUUUGUUGGACAUGAAUAAAUCUGCAAAUAAAUAAAAAUUAAAUACAGUA